GUCAACGGCAGCAACCAUGGCACUUUGAACAUUGAUCGGAGAAAACUUCAAUCUCCCCCGUCUCUCGUCCGGUUGUUGGUUGCUUUGUUCCUUCCACCUGAAAAAAAAUGACUUUGCACAACCAAAUUCAAGAAAAGUACGACGCGGCAUUGAACAGCAAAGAAUUGCUCUUUUUUGAAACCACCAAAGUUCUUAAGGAAGUCGAUGGGCUCAAGUUUGAAAUCACGUACGCACCGUCGCUCGCCAAGAAACCGAGCAGCGACCCCACAAUGGAAGAAAAAAAAAAGAUCAAAGUGAACCCUUUUCUGCCGCCAAACCCAGCACUUUUUGUGCAAGACCUUGACGAGCAUUCUGUUGUUCUCAACAAGUUUUGCAUUGUACCUCAUCAUAUCAUCGUCGUCACCAAAGAAUUCAAAAGCCAAUCGCAGCCCUUGUUUCCUUCGGAUCUGCUUGCCGCUUGGCAAUGCAUGAUGACUGCAUUUGGUACCACUCCGGCGCUGGCAUUCUACAACUGCGGCCCAUUUUCAGGUGCCAGCCAGCCCCACAAACACAUGCAGAUUCUUCCUCUGCAAGGCCAACAGCCACAGCCGCCUAUCAAGGCCCUCUUUAACCAGAUCCAAGACCGAAAAGCCGGCCAGAUCUAUGUCAUGGAUAAGCUGCCAUUCGUCCAUGUUAUCACGCCACUCGAUCGCAACUUUAUCGACUCUAGCACAGACAACGAAGAAUUGGGCGACUAUCUGGCACAAAUGUUCUUUGGCUUGUUGGAUGCCAUGUUCCAGCAACUGCGUAAGCACGCCACACCCGAUCGCGAAAUCUCAUACAACUUUAUCAUGACGGAUCAGUUCAUGAUGCUUGUGCCCCGCUCGAGAGAAUUGGCCACCUUAGUCCAAGAAAAUCUUCAGGUGUCGAUCAAUUCGCUUGGAUUUGCGGGUAUGCUGUUAGUAAAGACGCCCGAGGAGUUGGCGGCAUUAGAGAAUCAUCCGGAUUUGAUGCAGGUGCUCAAGGAUGUGGCAUAUGCAUGGAAUCCGAAUGCUGACGUGGAGGACCCUAUGGAGCAAUAGUAGCUUAAUGAAGAAUUAUCCGACAUAGUAAUAGAAAUGAUGAAUCCAAGGCAGUUAUUAUAUAAUAGACAGGUUGAAGUUUUAUUAUU